AUGGCCCAUCAUCCCAUUCCCACCGACCGCUACUCGGAAAUAGCAGCAAUCCGCCUCAGAACGCGUCCAGCUCUAACUCUCAGCAUCCCAACUUCAAACCACAUCCCAGAGGCUCCCCGAUCCCAAUACGACACGAUGAAAUCCUACCAACGUCUCGAAAAGGCCGGGACAAUCUCCAGUCUGGAAAGUCUGCAGAAGAACGUCCGUCCCUUGUUCGCCUAUCCGCGCAAAGAAUCCCAUACACCUCGCAAAUCAACUCCGCAGAAAUCCCUUCCAAGAGAAUCAGAAGACGAAGCAUACGCUCUCCUCUCCUCGGAAUUGGAAGAGACAUAUGCAACCUUCUCCUCUUCUUUGGAUUCAAUCUUCAAUAGCUCCCCACCACCACCAAACUUCCUUUCCUCACCCCCAACAUCCCUAGACUUCAGCAGUAGUCUCCCUUACCCUGCCACAACCAGCAGAAACAACAACAACAGCAACAACAACAACAACAACAACAACAACAAGAGGCAGAAAAACAAACCAGUCUGGGGAAGCACACCCCCUCAAAUCCCCCCUCCAACACCCAGAAACCACCCCCCUCGCAACAUCCCCUCUUCACGACCCAUCCGAAUCGAUCGACAAGAAUACACCCUCCAAGCAAAUCCUUCUCCCACCUGGCCCUAUAUCGUCCCGAAGCAAGAUUUCUGGACGAGCCCCCCUCGCUCUAAUCAACGCAAUCAUCGCAGUGGAGAAACCACCUCAUCAACACAUCCGCAAUCCUUACCCUACCGAGUUCCCCCAGCCAAAACAACUCCAACACCAUCAUCCCACGCAAAAUCUUCACCCCGCCAUCGUAGAAUUCCCGCAUCUCGAUCUCAAGAUUUCAGCUCUCGGCAUCGACAACGAAGGGGUUCUCGACGGAUAUCAUCUCCUUCCUCCUCCUCCUCCUCCUCCUCCUCCUCCUCUUCUUCUUCUUCUCCACCUUCUGCCGGUUCGAGAUGGAUGCGCUAUGUGACAGUUUUGGAAGAUAUUUCCGAGGAUGAGCAACUCGUGGUUAGGCGUCGGGCAGAGGAACCUGUUUCACUGUCAAAGCGUUCGCGAUUGGGAGAGAGGAUCAAAAAGGUGAUUGGGUGGGUUAUGAGGCAGAAAAGGACUUCUUGA